UAUGAGAGCACUUCUCCCAAACUCCUUAGACGCACAUCGUUCUGAUCGCUAGCCAUACCAACGCCAUGCCCAGUGAUCCUAAAUCUCAUCGCUUUCCCUCCUGGUUCAAGAAGACGCGGCACCCUUCUGAGCUUUCUGACGAUCGGCCGCAGGUCUCAACACCUCCCUCCAACAACCAGAUCAUCGAGCCUACCACCGCACAUGACAGAACGAACGACAAAGACCAUGGCAGCCCCGAAGGACUGUAUUAUGGCGCCCUUACUACUACAGCAUCCACUGUUCUACUUCAUUGUAGCACCUUACAGGAUAAUACCACGGAGCAACGGACAUCUUUUCGAGACAAGCUACUUCGGCCAUUCCGAAGAAGACCCCGUUCCACUCCCAGUCCCAGUCCCAGUCGUCACAGCCAAUCAAGCGCAUCCCAAUCCAAACGUCCUAUGCCGACUGCUCCCGUCCAGACACCCACAAACGACUCGUGGCCAUCACUGUCUCCUCCCACCGAGACGAAUACCGAAUUCCCACACGCGACGGGCAACUCACUUGCCACUGGUAACGAUGACCCAAGCGUCCACACGCAACAAGAACCUGGAUCAUCAAUCCCAGCUAUUUCAUCGAUGCCAGCGGAAUCUGUGCCUCGUAGAUCCGAUGGCGAUCUGAAGAAGACGAUCAUCGGCACCACCAAACUACUUCUUGAAGCUGCGGCCACUGGUCUCAAGUUCGCCCCCAUCGCUAAUCUUGAUCAGAUCCCAAACACGCUUCUGAGAUGUAUUCAAAUAUGCGAGAAUGUCAGUGGCAAUACCGAGGAACUCAACCAGUUAUGCAUCGUGAUUCAGCAAGCGCAAGAAUCGGUGGUGAAACCUCUCCAGAACUGGACUGGAGACACUCCUCCUGAGCUAAAG